GCCAGUGACGCGCAGUCCUCCGCCCAGUUAACACUGGACAGACACCCGUCGGCAGUGACCAGACGCAGCAACCAGAGCAGCAGCCGACCGAACAGCCAGAUCGACACAAAACACAUGUGCGCCGCAGGGCUGAACUCCAAACAAAGGGGCGACGUAUAUGGAAGGGUCGGCUACCGUCGGCUGACUCCAGCAUUGUUCACCAUGUCGUCUACCAGCUGACCAGUCUGGGAUGGUCGCUCUCAGCACGCCGCCACCCAGCACAGUGUGGGAGACACUGGCAGUGAUGGCAGUGACCUGCGCCGCGGUACCGGUGACACCCGCUGCGCUGUCUGCGUCACCGGCCACUGGCACGCCCCAGUCGUGCCAGCCGCAGCUGGAGCUGGUCGGCCCGUCCUCGGAGGGAGGCGGUCAGGUGCUCCGAGUGCUGCCCGCCGGCGCCGGCUGCCGCUGCGCUUCGCCCAGACUCGUUAUCGACGUCUGCGACACCAUGUCCACGCCUUGCGAGAAGCUCGAAGGCGAGUUGCACUGGCCUCGCUGGCGCGCCGUGUCGGCGCUGAACCUGAGCACAUCGCGGCUGGAGGUCGUCCAGUACGCUGGGUGGUACGGCGUGCUGGGGGACAGUUCCGACUGCAUGCAGCCGGCGCCGCUGUGGGUGGAUGGCCUCCGGGUCGCUUCGUGGAACGUCACCAAGUCCGAUCAGUUCGUCGUAGGCCUCGAAGGCGAGAAGGAAAGCGACAAGGAUAAUGACGACGAGGACGACUGCGAUGAUGACGACGGUUGUACCACUGCCCUCGGCAGGGUACUGUGUUUGAGUGUUCUGGUGGUCGAUCAGUUCGACCCCUCCACAAUCCUGAAUGUGGCGUUCCCCUGGCUGCGGGUGUGUUUGAGGAAGGUCAACUGCACAGGACAAGGCUGCCGGCAGUGCCGAACCGUGCCGUUUCCUCAGCGGUCGGCGGAGCUUUUCUGCGGCAGGAACGGGUCUCUGACACCCGGCGAUCGGUACCGGAUCAGUGUGUCACCCGAUCACGACGCACUGUGCGCCUCCCACCUGCGCAGCUGCCCCACCCGCGCCUGGUUCGUCCAGCUUCCGGUGGUGGCUCCUCAGGAAGUGACUCAAGUGAAGCCGGUGGGCGUUGGGCCCGUUGCCAUCAGCUGCAUAUUCCUGGGUGUCGCCGUCGCCAUCGCCGCUGUCGCCGCCAUCGCAGUUGUGUUGAAGAGGUUCCGCGGACGGCAGACUGUCCAGCAGACCGAAGUCACCGCCCCGCUCCUGCAGGGUCAGAUCAGCGUCUCUCGACCGGUGACCGUGCUGUUGGCGGCUCCAGCGCAGGCUGCCGCCGGCCGGGCGGUGCGCCACCUCCGCCUGAAGCUGCAGACGUUCGGCGUGGACACGCUCUCGCUGCAGGACCGCGCGGUGAUGUGUCUUUUCCAGCGACAUCCGAGCCUCGCAGACGCGCUAGGACGGCCGCCACUGCAGGGCGCAAUGAUCGUCUUCGUCGGAGGAGAAGGAGAGGAAGGCGGCGUUGAUGAGGGCCUCCGUAGCGCUGUAAACGGCCAUGACAGUGGUGAGGGCGAAGAAAAGGACGCACAGGAAAGAACAUUGGAACUCGCUGAUGGCGCCACGAAUGGAGUGGUUGGCGGCGUUCAGCAGCGUCUGUUCUUCAGCCUGCUUCAGUACGUGCGCAGCAGUCUGCUGGCGUGCAACUACAGGCGCGUGUUCGCCGUGGCCGUGGGGGACACGGCGUUGGACCCGCUGCUGGCAGACGUCUCCUGGGGUCGGCUGUUCAGGGUGGACGACAGCGCAGAGCUGGUGCGGCACCUGCUCGCAGCCGCCGCCGCCCCCGCUGGCGGCCCUAACAUCACUGACCUCUGCAAGCCCGACCGGCAGAAUCCACCGGAGAAUGAGGAGCUCUUUUCUGUUGUGGAAGAGGAUGAAACACUGGUGCAUAGAUGCAGAGGAGAGGAAGACGGAAAGAUAAUAACUCAAAAGGAAAACGUUCAAAGUUGACAGUGAUGCACAUUGUUUACAAUGUGUGCACUAGUGUGUAGAAGUUUAUCAUAAGUCAGAAAUAUGUGUUAUGGCAGCUUUAGCAUGUGAGGCACCAAUUGAAUUCUUACACCCUAUGGAAAUUUUGUUAGAGGUGCGGAGGGUCUGGUUGAAGCAUCCGUGACCGUCGGAAAUUCGAAUAUUCAUUGGAUAUGUUAUGUCUGAGGCUUAUCAGUCUGCGCGGGACGAAGAAGUCUAGCUUGCUGGCCGAACGCAUGCGGAGAUGGUUACAGACCCCUAUGGUGUCCCAAAAGUAAUGACCUGACAAAAAGGUGACAGGUGACUGAAAGUGAACCACCAUCUGCGUGAUGCCUUUACGUCACGUCACAUAUGUAUGACCUCAGCGUGUGCGUGUACCGCCACACACUAAGUUACGUUGCUGGGUACUCUUGCACCCACCACCACAACUGGGUGACGUGUCGGUGGAACGGAUCGAUGGGCCCCCUGGCUACCGGCUGAUACAUGCCCCGUCGGUGUCGACUGAGGUGUGUGGUCACCGACGGCCGUGACGCCCAGUCCGCCGCUCCCGACGCAGACCGAUCGCGCCACGACGAGUGUGUGUGGGUGGAAUUACUUACCGGCAGUGGGUGAACGGUAUCCAUCGAGCAACGAGGCCAGCGUGCAGCAGCAGCAAACUCGGGGUAGCCAUUCAUUCCUGCAAUGCCCCGUGCGGCUGGGCUGUUUGCUCCAAAGCAUAUGCAGCUGAAUGGUGAAUGGCCAUCUGUCCCAUAGGUUAUAAGCAUACGCUCAAAGCUGCUGUUUAAGAUUUCGCAGUGACGUUGGGCUUCUAGUCAGUUAUCGGUUAGAGCGGGACGAGUGAUUGUUUGAAUAAAGACGUGACUGUGAGGCAGGAUUGGCGAGAGAGAGCUGCAGAAGAUCAGAAGUGGACGGGUAUUUGCGUUUGUGCGGCGGCGCAAUGCUUAAACUGCUGGCGGUAAGCACUCUGCUUCGGAGGGUAAGAGAAAGCCCCGAGUCACGUCGGCGUCGUCUUAAUCCCAACACUGAAGAAGAAACAGCGACUGAGACGGAGACAGAGUCAGAAUCGGCGACCGACUCGGAGCCGGAAUCAGAGACCGCGCCUACUGAAGCGCAACGUGGAGGGUCAGCGAUGGUGGGGAACGAUCAGUCAGAUUCACAGCUGGACGCCGGUCUCAGGUCAACCUCAAAGGCCUGCGCUGCUGAGGAAUCCCCUUUACCACCAGCUCAAGAGUCAGUGGCUCCCACUCGGCGACCGAAGACCGCCCGAGUUCGUCGGACCCCGCCGGGGGCAGACGGGGUGGGUGGGGCGCCGGCAGACGGGGUCAGUCGCACACCGGCGCACCGGCAGCCCCCGGCCCGUCCUGGCAGCUGGUGGCCGCAGCUCUCCGCCGGACGUCUGAUCGGCCUGGCCAUGGCGGCCGUGCUGCUGGCCACGGUGACGGUGCACUCCUUCAACCAGCUGCGACAGGACCAGCUGCUGCACCGACCGCGUCUCACCUACGGCCAGUGGCUGGCGCGGCGGGAGGCCAACGCCACCGAGCCAGCCGUGCUGCUCGGCACCAGGCGGCUGCGCUUCAACACCACAGCACCCGUGCACGUGCGCUGGCCUGACCACGACACGUGCCGCCACCACGUCGUGAGAUUUGCUCGCGCUGGCCAGCUACCGCCCGCGGCGCUGGUCAGUCUCCCCGGCAGUGGCGCCACCUAUUUCAGAUAUGUGAUAGAGGGCGCCACAGGCAUCUUCACGGCCGGUGCUACUGUCGACACUGGCCUGCAUAACCGGGGCUUCUACGGUCAGCUAGUGCGUGACCUGGAUGGAAGUACGGUUCUUCAGGAGAGCGGACGAGGGCCGCACUUGAGCGGGGUCGGUCCGGAGAAUGGCCGUCCUCCUGGAAUGCCUCCAUCCAUGGCGAUCAUAGGAGGACAACAGGGAGGACAGUCUGGAGGAAAGCGUCGAGGAAAGGCAGCGGACGACAGAGGAACGAAAGGAAAGACAAUACUGCUGGUGCAGGACCCACACCAUGUCCUCCUGGAGGGUCGCGGUGCCGACGGCGAGAGCGAGUCCGUCGCCGACUUCAGCAGCAACAAGUGGCUGCAGUUCGUCACGCUCAGGAUGAAGCAGUGGAACUUCCAGACGCAGCUGGCAGUCGAUCUGGCUGAGGAUCUGCUGGUGGUCUAUCUAGAGGAACUGCGGGCGGAGCCGCUGGUCCAGCUGGAGAGGGUGAUGCAGUUCCUGCGGCUGACGGUACCACCCGAGAGGCUGGCCUGCGUGCGACACGUCCAGCCGCCGCCGCAGCCCGAGGUCGACCCGCGCGCCUUCCGCGACCCGGCCGUGCGGCGUACCAUUUCUGAGAACGUCCGUCAGGUGGCGGAAAUGCUGCGCCAGCGCGGCUACACGAGGUCGUUGGAAGCUUACGAGAGGCAUCCUACGGCGGCCGGUGGACGGACCGAGCUCUGAGCUAGGAGUUACCGGAGAGACCCUUGGCAGAUGAGCCAUGCACACGAGGGCGCUGGAGGGGUACGAGAUUAAAUUAAUGUGUACGGCUAGUGGCCGCAGACCGAUCGUGAAGCCAGGGGAACUCCACGUGCUGCGGUGCUGCAUGGUACACGAGGUCCCUGGGCCCAAUCUCAUAGUGUCGUACCUUCCGUAACAUGUAUCAUUAUGCCCGUGUUGGCACUUGGCAAUAUCCGAGUAGACGAAAGUGAAACGAUUCAUCGAAAGGCCACUGCACGAUGGACUGAAAUGCGUGCGAAAAAAGUUUUACAUUUGAUUGCCGCCUUCUGCAGCUGAACUUCGACUUGAACUGUCAAAUCCUUUCUAAGGCAUUCAUACAAACUGGGCCCUGGAAGGUUCCGAUUGUCAUUAGACGGCGGCCGGUGAACAAAUGAUCAAAAUCUUCUAGUCUUUUCCAACUACUUACAUAUGGGCGUCUUUUAUCUAUGUAAACAUCAUGCCGAUGUCGUCGUCUGCAACCUAUGGGUGACUUGACAACCGGUUUGGACCUACUCAUGUAGCAAUAAGUGAAGUGCAAGGGACAAAACCAUGAAUCAUGUGAGUAUGAUGUGUGUGGAAAGAUGUGCACUUGCCAACCAUCUAUGUUGUUGUAUAAAUUAUAUAAAAAAAUAGAAAAACUAGUUGAUGCAUUGUAAAACAAAUAUGUGUGCUUAGUAACUAUAACAGUUAUAUAAACUGUUAUAAACAGGCUAUGAACAGUUUAAAGACUGAAUCGCGGGGAAAGUUGCACGCCUGCAAAGAAGCGUCGCACUGUGAACGUCUAAACGGUUUAUGUAAACGUGGCGUGCAGUGUGCACCAUGCGCUUGUGUGAAUAUGAAUUUUUUUAAUAUAUCCAAUUUUGUGCAUUAUUUGAACAUUAAUAUGAGCAAAGGCUACAAUUUCUCGUAUUACAUAGUAUAUAUAACGAUGCUCAUCACAGCCAUCCAUUUCAUUUGUAUUGCAUUUCUGAAUAAAUGUUAUCAAACGUCCAAUACCAAUAUG